UCACCGGACGGCCCCUUUAGUUCUGGGGUUGUCACCCAAAGGAUGAUAAAGUUGCUUGUAUUUCAAGAAAUCGAAAAUAACGCUCUCUAAAGUCCGGCCGUCGGGAAGGGGGGUUCCCAGCUUCGAGUUUGAGAACUAUCCGAUCGCAAAGACAGGGUUGAGCCCCUGCACCCUGGGCGCCCCAACUGUCCGCCAUAGGUGGGACCAUGGGAACCCCAAAGCCGCGGAUCCUGCCCUGGCUGGUGUCACAGCUGGACCAGGGGCAGCUGGAGGGCGUGGCCUGGGUGAACGAGAGCCACACACGCUUCCGCAUUCCUUGGAAGCACGGCUUGCGGCAGGAUGCCCAGCAGCAGGAUUUCGGCAUAUUCCAGGCCUGGGCUGAGGCAAGCGGUGCCUACACUCCGGGGAAGGAUAAGCCCGACCUGACAACCUGGAAGAGGAAUUUCCGGGCUGCCCUGAACCGGAAGGAAGGGGUGGUACGGUUAGCAGACGACCGGAGCAAGGACCCUCAUGACCCACAUAAAAUCUACGAGUUUGUGACCUCAGCAGGAGGUGGAAACUCUUCCCAGUCCAACACUUUGUCAGACACCAGUGGUGGAGGCAGUACCUUUGAUACCCAGGAAGACAUUCUAGAGUUACUGGAUAGCAUGGUCUUGGCCCCACUCACAGAUGGAAGGCCCCCAGGCCUGGAUGUGGACACUGAGCCCCACUCUCAGCUCUUACUGAGCCCCAACUCGGACAAUUCCGCUCCCUGCCCAUACCUGGCGCUUCCUGAAAACCCACUGAAGCGACUGCUGGUGCCAGAGGAACAAUGGGAGUUCGAGGUGACAGCCUUCUACCGGGGCCGCCAAGUCUUCCAGCAGACCAUCCUAUGCCCAGGGGGCCUACGGCUGGUGGGGUCCGAAGCAGCAGAUAGGAUGUUUCCUGGGCAGUCAGUAACACUGCCAGACCCUGGGACAUCCCUGACAGAUAGGGGAGUGAUGGGCUACGUGAGGCAUGUGCUGAGCCGCCUAGGUGGGGGACUGGCUCUGUGGAGGGUCGGGCAGCGACUUUGGGCCCAGCGACUGGGGCAAUGCCACACAUACUGGGCCAUGGGUGAGGAGCUGCUCCCCAACAGCGGGCAUGGGCCUGCUGGUGAGGUGCCUAAGGACAAGGAAGGAGGUGUGUUCGACCUGGGGCCAUUCAUGGCAGAUCUGAUUACCUUCAUUGAAGGAGGCGGACACUCACCACGCUAUACCCUCUGGUUCUGCAUUGGGGAACGGUGGCCUCAGGACCAGCCAUGGACCAAGAGGCUUGUUAUGGUCAAGGUUGUUCCCACAUGCCUCAGAGCUCUGCUAGACAUGGCCCGGUCAGGGGGGGCCUCCUCACUAGAGAACACCGUGGACCUGCACAUUUCCAACAGCCAGCCACUCUCCCUCACCCCUGACCAGUACAAGGCCUGCCUCCAGGACCUGGUUGAGGACAUGGAUUUCCAGGUCCUUGGGGAUGCCUGAGUACUUGGUCUGGUCCUCAUAGGUGCAGGCCCCUAACUCUCCACCUCAACCAAUAAACUAGUUCCGGUGA